CGGUCACUUACCAAUUGGUGGCGUCAAUUAUCCGUUACCCCGGUCUGAUGACAUCGCGCGGUAGGUACACGCGUAAAUCCACGCAUUCAGGGAAAUGUGGCCGCAAUCACGAAGUGAAUCCUUUGCCAUAGCGACAAAAUCAGGGUUUCAUGUCAAAGUGUCUUGGCUUCGAGCGGAAUCCUGCGGUCUGCCAACGCGAGCAGCGCUGUUGCUGUUUGGGAAAGAUUUGGCAUGUCCCAUUGGGAAGCAGGAGAAGGGCCAGGAGCACCAGGAGGCAGCUAUGUGGAGGGGGUAGGGGAUGAAGUGCUUUUGACUGCCACAUUCAUUAUUAUUGCCAUCUCUUCUGUGAUACUCAUCUUCAGACCAACCCUGAACUGGACAGCUCUAUUUGGCCAGCAAUUUGGUGCUCCAGUAUUGCAUCAAAAUGGCAUGCCAAAUCAAGCUCAGGCAGAUGGUAUGGCAGCACCCAGGGUGGCUGCCGUGCCGCCGACGCCAAGGCCACGUGACCGGCGACGCAGCGCUGACUCAGGCUGCGCUAUCUGCCUGGCUGACAACAUCCAGCUUGGCAUUGAGACCAACUGUGGCCAUAUCUUCUGUGCCCAGUGCCUGUUCACCUACCGCGACCAUGGUAGCUUCGUCGGCCCCAUGAAGUGUGCGCUCUGCCGACAGCCGGUGACGCUGCUGUUCCCGAGCUUCACCGAGGACGAGCUGAAUUCGGCCGAGCUGGAGGAGAUACAGGCUCGCGACCGGGCCCGUCACGAAGCCAGCAGAUACAACCGGCGCUUCUCGGGCGAACCGCGCGAGUUGAUGGAGUAUCUGCGCGACCUGCCCACGCUGAUGCGCCACCUGUGGGCCGAGUUCUUCAGCGAGGGUGGCCUGUUCCUCAUGUUCCGGAUCCGCGUGGUGGUCUGCUUCCUGGCGGCGCUGCUAUACGUGGCCUCCCCGCUCGACAUCCUCCCGGAAGCCGUGUUUGGUCUGCUCGGCCUCUUCGACGACAUAUUCAUCAUGGUGCUUAUCAUGAUCUACGUCAGCGUUAUCUAUCGUCGUUACGUGGCCGCCCGCGCGUGACUCGUCUGCACGGCGGGUCACGUUGGGCGGGGCGGGGAUAUCUGCACGUGUUCUAUCAUAGGGUCAGAGAGCGAGCGUGGAUGGUGUGUUUGAAGACGCCCGGCCACGCGUCUGGGGCAGACGGGCUGCUUGGCUGGGUUUGGUGCGGGGAUGUGGUUCUGACUCGGGACGCCAAGCGUAGGCCAUGAGAACUCAAGAGCACCGUUCUUUGUGAGUUCCCUGUGCCCGGAUUCUGGCACGAGCCGUGGAAUGUCGUGACACGUGCGACAUCCGGGACGGGUGCCUUCCCAAAGUUACCCCUCCAGUCUGGCAUUGCUUUGACGUCGGUGUUUUUAAUGACUGUAGGUCAUGUUACCCUUGCGGUUGCAACUAUCUGGCGUCUGUCACUUUUGUGUUACACUUGCCGCUGUAACCCCGUGACCCCGCUUCGCUACGUUCAUGUGACGUUGGCCUUGCCGCCCUUGCCUGGCGAGGUGGUGACUGCGAAUGGCUGCUGCGGGCCCCCUGUGAUACGGUCAGGCCGUCGCCAGGUGCCGGUCGCCGGCUGCUCUGGUGCGCCUGAGUGGUGCUCGUCGUCGGCCUCCCACUGCUGUGAGGUCGUCGCCUGUCCGGGGUCUCCAUACAUCCGGUGCUGUGCGCGGCGCUGUGUUGUCGCGCUGUCUGCCGUCCGGACGGCCGCCGCUGAGGCUGGCGUCCGCGGCGUCACCACCUGGCCCGUGCGGAACGGGGCCCGGCCUGUCGCGGCCGUGCCCCCAGCUGCCGUCCACGACCUGUCAGGUUUCCUGGCUCUCCGGGCCUAGUUAACCCGAGCACAGUGUCGGCACACACCAGAUAAUAGACGCCGAGAAUAUGAUGCGCGCAGCCAGUAUCCGGACUUCACUGAAUGUGAUUGAGUGGACUUCGAUCGAAUGCAAUUACACGAGUUGCGCGCGCGCGACGCUGGUGACUGGCGUAAACACUGGGUCGUCGCGGUGUAUAUUCUCGCGACGACACGAUUAAAUGAUUCAGCAUUGCGGGAUCGAGAUCGGUGUCAUACGUGCAUGGGGCGUGCGAGUGACGGGGAUGGUUUCAAGCCACGUUGAUGGUGCAGGCCGAGUACAGCUGAGAGAAAGAUCACCUGGCGUGUGGUGCGCACCGACAAUUCACGGUCGGGUGAGACAGCAGCUAAUGGCUGAUUCGGAACUACAGGCACUAGUGCCGGAUCCUACGCACCA